UUGUGUUUUGCUGCGUGUACAUAGAAGCUAGCAAUCAGUCUGCUAGUUUGAACCCGUUUUCUGUUGUUUUAUCUGUUCUGGUUUGCUGUCAACUUGUUGUUUAGAGUUUUAUCGCAUCACAUAAGCCAAUAUUCACAUACCUCGUCAUAUAUGUCACAUGACAAACUAAAGUCUUCAUUCAAGUCGCGUUGAAUGGAUUUAUGCUCAGAAGACAUGUACGACAUAUUCAAAGGCGAAGUCUGGAAAGAGCUGGGACCAGUGGACCCUAACUGGUUUGAGAUAUUAACAGCACAAGCGCCGAUUAUUGAAGAAACUGUUACUGAUCGAGAUGACCUAUGUGCUAAUCAAGAGGGAAAUUUUAAAAUACCUUUAGACAAAGCUGCAGCAGACACUCAGCUGUUUUCAACGCCCAAAGUUUUCAGACGCAGUCAAAUUGUGUCUCCUGACACUGAGGAUGAACAGUCGUUCACAGCUCCACAAGAAAAAGGUACAUUGCCAUGGAUGGUAACUCAAAGUCCCUGUUUGUUUCAGGAUUCAAAAGUGGGGGACCCAGGUGUGAAAUGUGGAGGCUUUCAGUCUCAGAAUGAUAAUAGCUUUGAAUUACUCAAUACCCCAAAGAAAUCUCCAGUCAGCUAUGCUCAACAUAUUUCUGAAAGUCUUGGUGCACAGAUUAAUCCUGACAUUUCAUGGACCAGUUCCUUGAAUACACCACCAGCAUUGCCAUCCACUCUGAUUUUAUCUAAGGCUGAUGAUGAGAGUCCCUGUCCAGCGAGUGUUACUGCAGACAGAAAUGUCGUUUUUGUGCGGAAGCUUUUCCCUUCACUUUCUAAAGAAUCCACAGUUAUGGAAACCAAAAACAAGAACAAGCCUGCUGUUUCCCAAGGAGCUGGUAAUUGUGGAGUCCAUGAAAGCCCUCAAACUACUUUAAACCAGAGUGAGGGCAUUUGGCAGCAGAAAGUACCAGAUGCUAAUGAAGAUGAAGAACUUCAGAGCACAGAAGCAGGUGUUCUUGAUGGAGCUGAAAAUGUUCCAUCCAUGCUUUUUGCCAACAGUAACUCAGCUCUGAGAAAAGUGAAGCCUGACAGAAUCAAACGGAGGCAAAGCAUUCAGACAGAAGAGAACGACUGCAGCUCUAAAGAUGUCUCAACAACACACAGUGAAGAGGUAACAUCUGAUGUGGAACCAGGCACAUUUUCCUCAUCCCCACCGGUUAAAACUGGAGAUACUGCAGUCAGCCAGUGGUCUCCAUUGAAUUUAUCUGAAAUUCCAGCUUGUACUGUGGAAAAUAACAUCUUAACAGAAAAACUGCAAGGCAACACUGAUUCUAACCAGCCUGCCAGACCUUUAGUAAAAAUCACAGAAUCUGUAUUUAUUAGGAAAAAGAGAAAAUUUGUUUACACUGUUGGAACUUUAAAACCACAAGUUCAAGGAGAAGAGCCUCAUUCUCAGAAGAUGGACUUACUUAAAAUGCCAGAAUCUGGACAAGAUGUGACUAUUAAGCAGUUGAAGAAAGCCCCAAAUGAAGCAGACUGCUGCAAUACUGGGAAGAGUGCAGUGAAAAAGCAACUAAAACUUCACGGAGAAAAUCUCCUUCAGUCUGCAGAAGUUAAAGUGCAGGGUCUUGAUAUGUCACAGCUUUGUAGAGAUUUUGCACAAGACUUCAGUCAAGUGUCAGACUCUGAUGACCAGGUUAAAGUAGCAGAGGAUAUUCAACAUGACUUCUCUCCAUCAGCCUGUCUCUCAGCUAUGAAACAAGCUAAGCAGAAGGCAAGGCAAGCAGACCUUCAUCGUAGCUAUGAUGGUACCAGUCAUGGAAAAACUUCUACCAGUAAUCAAAAUACCUGUGAACAUGCCAUAAAUGACAGUGGAUUUCAUUCUGCUGUUUUAAACACUACCCAUAUGACCACAUCAUCAUAUGGUUUGCCUUGCUCUGAAAACACUGGCCAGAGUCGAGAGUGGUCUGGUUUUAAAGCUGAUAGCCACAUCACCGCUCCUUCCUUAUUUACAAAGAAAGAAAAUGAAAAGGUACAUUUGGAUGCUGGAGCAGAACCUACAUUGAUGAGUGGGCAGAGAAAGCAGACACAGGUCCUUGGAGAAAAGAGUGAGUCACACACAGAGAGCACAUCAACACAGCAACCCAUCAGUACAAAGGGAGCUGCUGAUAACAUGUACCGUGCACCAAUAAAUGGUCAGAUUCAUCCACAUUUGCCAGAGAAAACAGCUGCUUCUCUUCCCUCUGGCUAUGCAUCAGGAUUCAAAACUGCUUCAAACAAAGGCAUACAGAUUUCCUCAGCCAACCUGGAGAGAGCCAAGCGUCUUUUUGAAGAGACUGAAGGUGCAAAGACUUUUAUUGAUCAGUCCACCAAAUGUGACCGUGCCACUAAAUAUAAAACCUGCAUGAGUAAUGGAUCUGUUAAAAGUACAACUGCUGAAACAUCUAGUUCUCAAUUAACAGCUUCACAAAGAGCUGAUGUCACUGAACUGUGCUCUCUCUUAGAAGAAGCCGACAGCCAGUUUGAAUUUACACAGUUCAAAACUGCAAAAGUCAAAGAACACUGUCAAUACGGAACCAACUCUCCAAAAAAGAUGGACAAAGAAAUUGACCCUGACUUUCUUGCAGGCAUUGAUUUUGAUGACAGCUUUAAUUCUGAUGCUGAAGAUCAUUUAAAGGUAAAUGUGAUGCCUAACUCAAAACACAUUGCCGAAUGCGAGAGAUGUCCAAAUCAUCUUUACAGAGCUGAGCACAGCGAAGCUGCCAAGCUGGAGAAGAGCGCAACUUUGAUGCUCGAUGUUGCAUUUAAGACUGCAGGAGAAAAUGUUUUAAGAGUUUCUAAAAAGUGUCUGAACAAAGCUAGAACUUUGUUUGCAGAUUUGGAGAAAAGUCCAACAGAGAAAUCACCAAAUAAUCAAAACAAUGAAAUGGAAGAAAAGUUCAACAUGGAUUCUAACAUGUGCAAGAAAGAUCUAAAAUUCACCCUCAAAGAUGACCAUCAUGUUGGAAGAAAAAUUCAGAAUGUAGAGGAGUCCGUCUGUUCCAACAAACAAGUCACAGGUUUUGGAGAUGACAUCAAAAGUUUGCGAAAUAGCAAAAUUGACACAACCAUUUGUCAAAGUGGCUUCCACAUGGCUAGUGGCAAGCAGAUCUCUAUUUCAGCAAAAUACAUGCAACAGGCUGAUGCUCUUUUCAAAGACUGUGAUGUAAUGGACUGUAAUGAUGGCACCUCUAAUAAGAAGAGCAUAAAACAUGUUGCUGAAAGUGUUGAAUCUAAGAAAAGCAUUUCAAAAUUCAACAACCUAGAGAGCAACAUUUCUGAGGAGCAAGUCAAAAGGUUUAAAAGGCUGGAAAAUGCAAAUGCUGAACUGGCUGCACAUCACACAGACGAGCCACAUGUGGAUAAAGUUGAAAUAGGCAGUAAUUGUUCCCUGGCUUUGAAAAAUGCAGCUUCUCUCCAUAGAAAUACAUGUUCUUCCCUGCGACAGACAACUUCAAAGAAUAUUGAUUCAUCUGUUGUUGAGUGGAGCAGUGGUGAUGGAUUUUGUACGGCCAGUGGGAAGAAAGUUUCUGUUUCAGCUGUUUCAAUGAAAAUGGCUGAAUGUCUGUUGGGUGAAAUUCAUACACCUGUGGACACUAAAAGAGAACCUGAUCAAAUAGAAAAAACUUCAAGAACAGAGCAGCUAACCGCUCAGGUUUUACCACCAAAGAACAGCGGAUUUCAGACAGCCAGUGCAAAAGAAGUCACCAUUUCAGAGGCAGCUCUAAAGAAAGCAAAAACCCUGUUCCAGGAAUGUGAAGAACUUGAGGAUAAAUCCAGCGCUUUACCACCACUUUACAAGGUUAAGGUGACUGGUCCACCUGUCAUGAAUAGUGGGUUUUCUACAGCCAGUGGUAAAGCUGUGGCAUUUUCAUCUGAGGCUUUACAGAAGGCUAAAGCUCUCUUCAGUGACACGGGUUUGAGUACAGAUAUUCCAGCUGUUUCAGACACAACGAGAAGUGUCAAGAAACAUGAAGAUGCUCAAGAUAACAUUAAGAUCAUGGAUUGUGGUUUCAAAACUGCAGGUGGAGCAGCAGUCCGUGUCUCACAGAAGAAUCUUUUAAAAGCAAAACAUCUUUUAAAAGAAUUUGAUGAUUUGGUUUUAAGCAAAGAAAUACAAGAGGCGGGAUCUUUCUUUAAAGGAUAUGAUAAGGAUGGUGGCAAUGCAAUGCUGGCAAGGGAUAAGAAAGCUAAAGUACCUUUGAGCAAGGGUGACAGUGAAGAGAAGCCUCUCGCACAGCUUAAUCCUAAUCAAAGGAUGACCGUCGCCAUUUCUGAACAGCAUGGAAAUAAAUGCACAGAGGACACAAACAAACCAGAGAAACUGAAAGAAAGCACAUUGUCAUCAGAGAAAAGUAGAUUUCAGACAGCCAGUGGGAAAGUUGUUGCUCUGUCACCUAAAGCUCUAAAGAAAGCAAAGGCUUGGUUAAAUGAAUGUGCACGAGUUGAGGAUAAAGUGGGUGCAGCACCAUUACAUCCGAAGGUCACUGCUCUGCCAUUUAGUGGUGGUGGAUUUCAUUCUGCCAGUGGAAAGCCUGAGACCCUUCAGAAGGCAGAAUCUCUCCUCAGUGACAUCAGUUUCAGUGCAGAGAUCCCCGAUGUUUCACACACAAAGACAAGUGACAAGAGUGGAGACGUUGCAGAGAAAAGACACCUUGGUUUCACAACUGCAGGGGGAGCAAAAGUCCAUGUGUCACAGAAAAGUCUUUUAAAAGCAAAACAUUUUUUCCAGAACUUUGAUAUUUCUGCUUCAGCAAAAGCAGCACAAGAGGCAGGUCCUUUUGAAGAGCCUGGAAAUGGAAGCACCAUGGACAUGAUCAGACAAGUAAAACAGAAAGAGGACACUUUUCUACAACAGAAUGGUGGAUUUCAGACUGCCGGUGGCAAAGCUGUUGCCGUUUCAUCUCAAGCCCUGAUGAGAGCAAAGACCAUGUUAAGUGGAUAUGAAGGGGGUGAGAAUGAAAUGGGUGUUUUAUUGCCACAAGUCAGAAAUACAGUUACAGGUCCAUUUCUCGAGAGAAGCGGAUUUUCUGCAGCCAGUGGUAAACCUGUUGCAUUUUCAUCUGAGGCCUUACAGAAGGCUAAAGCUCUCUUUAGUGACAUCAGCUUGCAUACAGAUAAGCCUGCUGUUUCAGACACAAGAAGAAGUGAUAAGAAACAUGAAGAUGCUCAAAAUAUUACUGAGAAAAUACACAGUGGAUUCACAACUGCAGGGAGAGGAGUCCAUGUGUCAGAGGAGAGUCUUUUCAAGACAGGCAAUCUUUUGAGGGAAUUUGCUGGUGGGGAGUGUCAUUAUUCAGACUCAAAUUCAACAAGUCCACGUGACCUCCAGAAGUUAGAUCUGUCAAAAGUCAAAGAUGUGAAAAGAACUUCAAACUCAGGUGUUCCUGGAGUCAGGAAUGAGGAAAUCCCUGCGAAGAGAGAGACCUCAUCUGAAGUUACACCAUUUUCUUUGCAUGAGAUUAACCAAUUAAACAAAACAGUUGACAGCUUUGGUGUGCAAGGAUCUAGCUUUAUUAAAGACAAGACACUUACAGAUGUGUUUACGCAUCAAGAAGACAAAAUUGUCCCAUUAGCUACAACCCACCUACACAUUAGCUCUGGACCAGUAAAGUCACAUGUCGUGGAUUGUGACAUAACUGAGAGAUCUGAAGUUGAGUGUUCAGAUCUAAACUUGCAGUCAGUGAACCUCACUGGCUGCACAGAGACCCAGCAGAAGUUUCUUGCUCAGGAGGCCUUGGAUUGCACAAAGGCCUUGCUAGAAGAUGAAAGUCUUGCCGGCCAAAGUCUGUCAGUGACUUCAGAAAACAGGUCACUGCAAGAUGACCCAAAAGUCAGCAACAGAUCUCCAGAGGAGGAAAACAGGACGAGGAAAAGAAUAAUGGGAGAUGCAGAUCUGAUUAGUCAGCCGCCACUGAAAAGACGAUUACUGGAAGAAUUUGACAGGACUGUUGAUGGCGCAAAAGCUUCCGUACUCCAUCCUGUAAAAAGUUGUCCAAAUGGUUUGAUGAAGGACAGGGGAGUUUUCAAAUACAAUACCUCUCUUCAGCCAAACAUCACAAAGCCACACAGAGAUGAAAAAAGAUACAUAGACAUAAAAUUCCAAAAGACAACACCAACCGAUGGCUCUGCCACAGGAGGCAGCAGAUCAUCACAUUUCAAGAUGCCAGCAUUUGUUCCUCCCCUCAUCAAAAAUACAAAGCCAGUGACUCAAAAGAUUCCAGCGCUCAAAGAAAAUGCAAGCACACCUGUGUUUAUUCCACCAUUCAAAAAGCAAAGAACUGUUCUAGAAGAAAGCAUCUCUCAGCAACAAGACGAGGAGGAUAAAUGCCAGCAAAUAUCACAGUCUCACAGCAACACUCAUGUGCCACCUUCUAAAAAGCUCCAAGGCACUACACAUGACGCUGCAAACAACAGUUUGAUGAAUAAUCAAGGUGUUCUUGUAGACUGUCAGUCAGUCAGUUCUGGUGCAGAGGCAUCUCAUGUAGAUGAUGCAUUUUCUAGAAGCCAAGACGUGGAUCAGAAUCUUGAGAACAUUGAGCUGGCACGCGAUAUGCAAGACAUGAGGAUAAGAAAAAAAAAGCGCCAAACCAUUCGACCUUUACCGGGGAGCUUGUUUCUAACAAAAACAUCCGGGGUGAUGAGGAUCCCCUUAAAAGUGGCAGUGAAUGGAAAGCCCCCAACAAGAUGCACCUCAGAACAGCUUUACGAGUAUGGAGUCCAGAGGCAUGUUUCCGAAGUCCGCAGUGAGUCUGCUGAAUCUUUUCGCUUCAAUUUGCUGCAGUUCAUUAGGCAAGAAACUUUAACAGAUGGAGGUGGUGUUCAGCUCGCGGAUGGGGGAUGGUUGAUCCCCAGCAAUGAUUGGACAGCAGGAAAAGAAGAGUUCUACAGAGCAUUAUGUGACACUCCAGGUGUGGAUCCUAAACUGAUCAGUGAGGCCUGGGUGUACAAUCACUACAGAUGGAUUGUGUGGAAGCAGGCCUCAAUGGAAAAAUCCUUUCCAGAAACAAUGGGCAGCUUCUGUCUCACCCCAGAGCAGGUUCUCCUACAGCUAAAGUACAGAUACGAUGUAGAGGUGGACCACAGCCGCAGGCCAGCUCUGAGGAAGAUCAUGGAAAAGGAUGACACAGCAGCUAAAACUAUUGUUCUGUGUGUUAGUGAGAUUGUGUCCAGAGGUCAGUCCCCAGAAAAACAGAGCUGUAACAACAAGACUCCUCAAACUGCUGAUGCCAAAGUGGAAACAUUGGCUGUUGUUUGGCUUACGGAUGGUUGGUAUGCCAUUAAAGCCCAACUGGACGAACCUUUGACUGCCAUGCUUCACAAAGGUCUACUGGCUGUUGGUGGCAAGUUGAUCAUCAACGGGGCUCAGUUGGUGGGAUCACAAGAUGCUUGCUCCCCUCUGGAGGCACCCGAAUCUCUCAUGUUAAAGAUUUGUGCUAAUAGUUGCAGACGUGCAAGAUGGAAUGCAAAGCUGGGGUUUCACAGAGAUCCUCGGCCAUUUCUGCUUCCCAUCUCCAGUUUCUAUAGUAAUGGAGGACCAGUAGGAUGUGUUGAUAUUGUCAUGCUGAGAAGCUACCCCAUACAGUGGAUGGAGAGGAAACCAGAUGGAAGUGUUGUUUUCCGCUCUACUCGAGCUGAAGAGAAAGAGGCAAGGCAGUAUGACAACCACAAGCAUAAAGCUAUGGAGGUGUUAUUUGCCAAGAUUCAAGCUGAAUUUGAAAAGGAGAAAGGAAAUAUCAAACCCCAGCGCAGAAAACAAGUCAGUCAUCAGAAUAUUAGAAGUUUGCAGGAUGGGGAGGAGCUGUAUGAAGCAAUUGGAGAUGACCCAGCUGACCUUGAGGCUCAUUUGAGUGAACAGCAAUUGGAGAUUUUUCAUAGCUACAGGCGUUCAUUGAUGGAGAAAAAACAUGCUGAGCUGCAGGAUCGAUAUCGCCGUGCUGUAGAAGCAGAGGACAAUGACAUGAACUGCCCCAAAAGAGAUGUGUCACCUGUGUGGAGAAUCAGCAUUGCUGACUCUCUGGCCCAACCCAGCUGUGUUUAUCAGCUGAAUCUUUGGCAACCUUCCGCAGAUCUUCGGUCUUUAUUGAAGGAAGGCAGUCGAUACAAAGUUUAUAACCUCAUCACUUCAGAUGGAAAGAAACGCAGCAGCAUUCACACCAUUCAGCUCACCGGGACCAAGAAAACACAGUUUCAGGACUUACAGGCUUCACGAGAAUGGUUGUUGGCACGUUUUCAGCCAAGAGUCUCCACAAAUUUUGUGAAUCUUCAGAACACAGAAUUCCAGCCACUGUGUGGAGAGGUGGAUCUCACCGGAUAUGUGAUCAGUGUCAUAGAUGGACAGGGCUCUUCUCCUGCAUUUUAUUUGGCUGAUGAGAAACUGAACUUUGUGAAAGUACGCUGCUUCAGCAGCUUGUCUCAGGCUGGCCUGGAGGACGUGGUAAAACCUUGUGUCCUGUUGGCUCUGAGCAACCUGCAGCUCAGAGGCCAGUCCAUACAUCCCACUCCUGUUGUGUAUGCUGGAGAUCUUACUGUCUUCUCUACAAACCCCAAAGAAGUCCAUCUACAGGAAUCCUUCAGCCACCUCAAAAACCUGGUUCAGUGUCAAGAGAACUUCUUUCUAAAAGCUGAGGACAAGCUCUCACAUUUGGUCAGAUCUGAUGGUCUGAGCUCAAUCUCUCUGGCUCUGCUACCACAAACCCCAACUUCUACAACAGACAGAAGACAAGACUCAAAGACAAGUGUGACACAUCAGAAACCAAUCAGAAACCUUGGAUCCUUCACACCUGUCAACAGGAACCCUCCUGCAGGAACAUCUUCAACCAAAAAAGACCCUGUAAACUUGAAAAGGAGAAGAGCUCUGGAUUAUCUUUCUCGUAUCCCAUCUCCACCACCCCUCUCUCUUCUGGGCUCACUGGCUUCUCCAACUGUAAACAAGACAUUCAAUCCCCCUCGAAGGUCUGGGACACCUAGCACUUUAAAAAAUGCACCGACUCCUAUUAAAAAGCCCACUGACUCACUAGUAGAGGAUGAAUGGGUGAAUGAUGAGGAACUGGCCAUGAUUGAUACUCAAGCACUGCAUGGUGGUGAUUUGAAAUAGGUUUUGGCAACAAGACCUACCUUUAAAAACUGUAUAAAACUGUAUAAAUAAGUGAACAAGAAUACUGAAAGAUCAUUGAAAAAUACAUUCUAUAGUUGUUUUCAUUUUUGUCAUGUCACUGCACUCAUUAAAGUGAUUAAACUGCUUUGCACAUUAACAUCAUGUCAUGUCCACAG